CGCUUUCGGGUUUCUCUGUCCUUUCGCCUCUGCUGCAACCUCAGCCCCAAACACAUGGUUCUCGUUCACCCAAAGUCGGGCGACGCCAGAACUGCAUAGACCAACCGGCUAAGGAACGAUUGGUUUACUGGCAAGCCGUCAAAAUGCCUGAGCACGAUGGACAGGCGGGCGGUCAGCCCGCACAACAGGAGCGGCAAGGAAAUUCCAUGUUCCGAACACUCAUCCAAGGUGUUGCCAUGUAUAUGGCCAUGCAGUUUGUCAUGAAGCAGUUCAUGGGCGGCCCGAAAACAGCAACAGUCCGCGACGCCAGUGGAAACACUGUCCAGGUUGUGGGGCCCGGUCAAAUACCGCGCUAUAGCGAACGGCCGACGCAUCUGGACGAGGGCGCCGCUUAUAACCAGAUACCACAACUGGUUGCGCCGAUUUGGCCCGACAACAGCGUAGUCGAUGUCAUUGUCACGGUCUCGCCCAGCUUCGCCCCUAGUCCCAUCAAGGAUCUUCCUAAGGAUGCAAUCGUGUUUGAGGAGAAGCAGUUCCGGAUUGGCAACUGGACCGAGAAGCGUGUCGCAGAGGGAACUGUCUACUUUCCCACGCCUGUUCAGCAUAAUGGAACGCUUUGGGGUCAUUUCUAUGUCGGGCUCUCAGGAGCCCCACUGGACCCAACCCAGCCAGGCUACGACCCGGGUUCGGCUUACCACUUCGUCUACCCGCUUACCCAGUACAUUCCGAAGAGAAAGGAGGCAAAGACGAGGAAUCUUCUAAGCGAUGCAACCGAGGUCGCCGAGGAAGCGGCGGAGGAAGAACCCGCGCAGCCUGGACCGGUCAUUGCCAACUACUAUCACCCGAACGUGUCGCUCUCUUUCAUCCCCAACUCGGGGGUCAUUCCCUUUCCACAAGCGCACCCUGCAGUUCGCCAGUUCAUACGCCUCGAGGCAACGGGUGCACGUGACGGAACUGGCCAGAACUCAUGGUACUAUCCGAUCCUCUUCGUGAACACAUUCUGGCAGCUCAAGUCCCAGAUGACCCUGCUCAACGACACGGUCAAGAGCAUGCCCAUCCGGUUUGACCUCAACAACCUGGCCGACUGGAAGUUCAAGACUAUGGCAUCCAUCGAUCUGAGUAGCAAGGAAACGGCCCGCCAGGCCGCCUACGGAAACCCCUUGCCGGGCGGUGGCGACGGAAGCGAGAUUGAAAUGAUCAAGGAGAUCUUCAUUGAUACGAACCCGAUUCUCCUCGGCGUCACCAUUGUCGUCAGCAUUGCGCACAUGAUCCUCGAAACGCUGGCGUUCGGUUCCGACAUUGCACACUACCGCAAAAAGAAGGACAAUGUGGGCAUCUCUGUGCGGUCGAUCCUUGCCAACGUUUUCAUGCAGACAAUCAUUUUCCUCUACCUAGUGGACCAGUCUCAAAACACCAGCUGGAUGAUAUUGGGCUCGCAGGCCAUCGGCAUAAUUAUCGAGCUCUGGAAGGUCACCACGGUGGUUAAUGUUCGGAUGCGCCCCGCGCCGGGGUCCCUGAUACCAUAUCGGAUAUCGUUCGAGGAUAAGCACAAGCUCAGCGAGACCGAAGAGAAGACGAAGGAGUACGACGAGAUUGCCUUCAAGUACAUGUACUGGGCCGGUGUUCCCCUACUCGUCGCGUACGCCGUCUACUCGCUCAUCUACGAGUCACACAAAUCAUGGUACUCGUACAUCAUCACGACUCUGGUCGGCUCCGUGUACGCUUACGGCUUCUUGAUGAUGGUGCCAUCGCUCUACAUCAACUAUCGGCUCAAGAGCGUGGCGCACAUGCCGGCGAAGGCCAUGAUGUACAAGUUCCUCAACACCUUCAUCGACGACCUGUUUGCCUUCACCAUCAAGAUGCCCAUUCUCCACCGCCUGGCCACGUUCAGAGACGACAUCAUCUUCUUUGUGUACCUGUACCAGCGGUGGGCGUACAAGGUUGACUAUACUCGCGUCAACGAGUUUGGCCAGGGCGGCGAGGAUGAGGUGGAGGAGAAGAAAGAGGCAGACAAAAGCUCACCUGCAGCCGCUGCAGGCACCACUGCCAUGGCUACGGGUGCCGAUGCGCCCAAGGCGACCAAGAGGAAGUAGUCUAGGGCUGGAGGAUGCUACUCGUAAUAGACCUGUUUGAACACUGACAGAUGAGAUAGAGUGCAUAAUGAAAAUUGGCCGUAUCAGGCCUCAGACUGUUGGUCCCUCU